AUGGCGGCGCCACACAGUCGAGCCGGUGCGUCACGCAGCGCCGCUAUAAAAGGGGCUCGCGGCGAGGGCGUCGUUACUCGGCGUCGUACCGACUGCUGCUUGCUGGAUAGCGAGAGACGUGCCCGUGCUGCGAUGCCCGAGCCGGCCAAGUCCGCCCCCGCGCCCAAGAAGGGCUCCAAGAAGGCGGUGACCAAGACGCAGAAGAAGGGCGACAAGAAGCGCAAGAAGAGCCGCAAGGAGAGCUACUCCAUCUACGUGUACAAGGUGCUGAAGCAGGUGCACCCCGACACGGGCAUCUCGUCCAAGGCCAUGGGCAUCAUGAACUCCUUCGUCAACGACAUCUUCGAGCGCAUCGCCGGCGAGGCCUCGCGCCUGGCGCACUACAACAAGCGCUCCACCAUCACCUCGCGGGAGAUCCAGACGGCCGUGCGGCUGCUGCUGCCCGGUGAGCUGGCCAAGCACGCCGUCUCCGAGGGCACCAAGGCUGUCACCAAGUACACCAGCUCCAAGUAAGCUGCCUCUGAGCCCUUCUCGACCCAAAGGCUCUUUUAAGAGCCACCCAUCCUUUCAGUAAAG